AGGUUACACUUGCACCGACUCACAAGUAGAAACGAGUAAAUGCAAUCCAUUGAACCAAAGACAGCGCUGCUCUUGGUGGGAGAAACGAGCGCCAGCCGCUACUUCUCCAUUUUGCUCUGCACCGCCCACACGCUUCUGGUUCAGGUGACAGCUUCACCGCCCCCUCCCCUCCGAGAUGUUGCUGUCUGUGGAUGACAGCAGACCUGGAGGACAGAAACAAGUGUUCAUGCCGCUCUUUUAGAAAGUAAUGAACGUAGUAAACGGGUUAAUCUCUGUUUAAAGUGGGCUAAUUAUUGCUCUGCACUGACAGUCUAGUGGAAGUGCUUCAGCGACGGUUCGGUCAUUUUAAGCCACGAAGCUUAACGAAGAGAGAACAAGAAGACGACGGACAAAGCUAGCUCUAACUGAAUCCCAUUUAUUUCUCAGUCUCCACAUCUCCUGCAUGCAACAAUGACCGACUCGGUUGUAGACAGCAAGGCCGAGGUGAAACAAGCGACCAAAUAUGUCAAAGAGACCGAAAACGUUGCGGAAAAAUAUUCCGCGAUGACUGUGAGCAAGAACAGCAGCGAUGUGAACAUGAACGUUGGGGAAAUGCCUUCCGCAGCGUUCACCGCGGUCCCUACUCUGAAAUCCGUCAAAAAGAUCCAGUUUGCAAACACUGAGGACAAACAGGAGUUCAGCAAGUACCCCACCAAGGCGGGCCGCCGCUCCCUCUCUCGCUCAAUCUCGCAGUCAUCUACUGACAGCUACAGCUCAGCUGCGUCCUACACUGACAGCUCCGAUGAUGAAACCUCCCCCCGGGACAAAGCCCAGGUCAACACCCAGGGCAGCAGUGACUUCUGUGUGAAGAACAUCAAGCAGGCCGAAUUUGGCCGUCGUGAAAUUGAAAUUGCAGAACAAGACAUGUCCGCCCUGAUCUCCUUGAGGAAGCGGGCCCAGGGGGAGAAGCCAUUGGCUGGGGCGAAGAUAGUCGGCUGCACCCACAUCACUGCUCAGACCGCAGUCCUGAUUGAGACCCUGGUAGCCCUCGGUGCUCAGUGCCGCUGGACUGCCUGCAACAUCUACUCCACUCAGAAUGAGGUGGCCGCUGCUCUCGCUGAAACAGGCGUACCUGUGUUUGCGUGGAAGGGUGAGUCAGAGGACGACUUCUGGUGGUGCAUCGAUCGCUGUGUCAACACGGAGGGCUGGCAGGCUAACAUGAUCUUGGAUGAUGGCGGAGACCUAACCCACUGGGUCUACAAGAAGUAUCCCAGCGUCUUUAAGAAGGUCCGAGGCAUCGUGGAGGAGAGUGUCACUGGAGUGCACAGAUUGUACCAGUUGUCUAAGGCCGGAAAGCUGUGUGUCCCUGCCAUGAAUGUGAACGACUCUGUCACUAAGCAGAAAUUUGACAACCUCUACUGCUGCCGUGAAUCUAUCCUGGAUGGCUUGAAGAGGACCACGGAUAUAAUGUUUGGAGGCAAACAAGUUGUUGUCUGUGGUUAUGGAGAGGUGGGGAAAGGCUGCUGCACCGCACUAAAGGCCCUCGGAGCCAUUGUGUGCAUCACAGAGAUUGACCCAAUCUGUGCCCUGCAGGCAUGCAUGGACGGCUUCCGCGUGGUCAAGCUGAGUGAGGUCAUCCGGCAGAUGGACGUGGUGAUAACCUGCACUGGAAACAAGAAUGUGGUCACCAGAGAACAGCUUGACCGGAUGAAGAAUGGCUGCAUCGUCUGCAAUAUGGGACACUCCAAUACUGAGAUUGAUGUGGCGAGUCUGCGCAGCCCUGAGCUGACCUGGGAGAGGGUCCGCUCUCAGGUUGACCACAUCAUCUGGCCCGAUGGGAAAAGGGUCGUGCUGCUUGCAGAGGGCCGCCUCUUAAAUCUGAGCUGCUCCACAGUGCCUACAUUUGUGUUGUCCAUCACUGCCACGACCCAGGCCCUGGCCCUGAUUGAGUUGUUCAACGCACCGGAGGGACGUUACAAACAGGAUGUGUAUCUUCUGCCUAAGAAGAUGGAUGAGUAUGUGGCCAGUUUGCACCUUCCAAACUUUGAUGCCCACCUGACAGAGCUCUCUGACGAGCAGGCCAAGUACAUGGGCCUCAACAAGAACGGCCCCUUUAAACCCAAUUACUAUAGGUAUUAAUGACAGUGUCUGAUGCGGACACUCAACACACAGUUCUCCUGGGAUAAACAGAGAUAUCUAUUUUAUUUUCUAAAUUGCUACAAAAUGGAGGAAUUAUUUUAAUUAUGCUGAAUGUAACUUAUUAAUAGCACUUCAGAAAUAGUGUUAAUAUAAUACAUUUAAAAGAAUAAGACAUGUAGGAAACAUACCAUGUAUAACCAACUACCAUUUUAUAUGUACUGUCAGGUGUUUUAAAGGAAAAGCCUGCUUGCAUGCUUUAAUGUGUACUUAUUUAGUUGCUACCGCUUCUGUUUCUAGAUUAUUGAUUUGUUUGUUUACCCUAUUUACGCACAGUGCCAAAUGAUGGCCGUAUGAAUGCAACAGAUACCAUGUAUGUUUUGUCCGUCAAUAACAUUAAGAUUUUAUUAGUACAUUCCACUAGCCAGGAUUUGGACUGAGCCAAAAACAGCCCUGUUACUAUGUACAUUAUUAUAGAAAUGUUUGUUUUGAAUGUGUUUAAUAAUGUCAUUGAAUGGUAUCUGCAUACAUGCCCUAAAAGGUAUCAUCCAGUCACCUUUAAAGCCACGAAUACAAUGAUGAAUUAUAGCACUUGUUGUAAUAAGAAUUUAUUAAAGCCUGUGAAAGGCUGAGUGUUUUUGAGUUCCUGACUCUUGGUGUUGGCAGUCAACCCAACACAGUACAUUCAAACUAAAGGGAUGUUUGAUGUAAUAGAUUAGGAUGUUUUGUUAAAGAUAAAAGGCUGUAUGUAUUCUUUAGAAUUAAGUAUUGAGGAGGUUGAGAAGUUAAACAUUGAAACCAGUUUAUCUUCCUUUAUUUACCACCAAGUUUUUAAUUGUUCAAAGUCCAGCUGAGAUCUGUCUCAAUCAUGAGCAGCAAAAGUGUUUUGACUGGAUAAUACCUUAAUGGCCAUGGCAUGAAUGUGCCUUUUAAAUCAUUUACAACACUUAAAUCUCAGCACUGACCUUAAUUAAAUGAACAUUCCUCUUUGUAAAACCA